UUUUUAGAAUCAUUCUACAGUCUUUACUCAAUUCCUCCUCAAAAUGCAAUUGACACACCUUCUUGCCUUCGCCCUGUCGCUCGCUACGUCCGAGGCCGCCUACAAGGGUUUCAACUAUGGUGCGGCCAAGUCUGAUGGCAGCGUCAAGACUCAGUCCGAUUUCGAAUCGGAGUUCUCGACUGCGAAAGGUCUUGUUGGCACUUCGGGCUUCACCAGUGCUAGAUUGUACACCAUGAUCCAAGGUGGUACGACCAACUCCCCCAUUUCCGCCAUUCCCGCUGCCAUUGCUGAAAACACUUCGCUGUUGCUGGGUCUGUGGGCCUCUGGUGGUGGUAUGGACAACGAGUUGGCUGCCCUCAAGGCGGCCAUCUCCCAAUACGGUGACGCCUUCGCCAAAUUGGUCGUGGGUAUUUCCGUUGGUAGUGAAGAUCUCUACCGGGCCUCUUCGGAGGGUGAGAAAGUCAAUGCCGGCCUUGGCGUUGGCCCCGACGCCCUGGUCUCGUAUAUCAAGGAGGUCCGAUCGAUCAUCUCUGGCACUGCGCUGAGCAGCGUCCCCAUUGGCCACGUCGACACCUGGACCGCCUGGACGAACGGCUCCAAUUCGGCCGUCAUUGACGCCGUGGACUGGUUGGGUUUUGACGGCUACCCUUACUUCCAGAGCUCCAUGUCCAACUCCAUCUCGGACGCCAAGGCUCUCUUCGAUUCCUCCGUGGCUCAGACGAAGGCGGUCGCUAAUGGCAAGGAGGUUUGGAUCACCGAGACGGGAUGGCCCGUCAGUGGAAACACUCAGAACCUCGCCGUCGCUUCCAUCGCCAACGCAAAGACCUUCUGGGAUGAGGUGGGCUGCCCCUUGUUCGACGAGACCAACACCUGGUGGUACAUCCUCCAGGACGCCAACCCCGUCACCCCUAAUCCCAGCUUCGGUGUGGUCAACAGCACUCUGAGCACCACCCCGUUGUUCGACUUGUCUUGCUCGAACAGCACUCGCCCAUCUACUGCCGCUUCUAGCUCGGCUGUUCCUUCCGGCUCUGCGGUUCCUUCUGGCUCUGUUGUUCCCUCUGGCUCUGCUGUUCCCUCUGUGGGCCCUUCGUCAUCCGGAAUCGCUGCUAGUGUCACUCCCUCGGCCACCCCCAGCUUCACGGUCGGCAAGGGAUUCCGUCCGUCCAACUCCUCCGCUACUGCCCACUACUCCAGCGCUUCUGUCAGUGGCUCGGCCUACCCUAAAUUCAGCAAGACCGCCAGCGCUUCCUCGUCUACUUCCACCGGCGCGGGUAGCUCUUCUGACUCUAAGUCGACCAACUCGGGCAGCUCCUCUUCUGGCAGCUCCUCUUCUGGCUCUUCGUCAAGCAACUCUGACAGCUCCUCCUCUCCCUCUUCUUCCACCCUUGCUACGGGUGGUGCCAGCUCCGUCUCGAGCUCCAUCUUCGGCGCUCUGGUUGCUGUCUUUGCCUUUGUGGCUACUUUGUAAAGGAACACCCCUGGUCAUGAUCCCGAUCAAUAGCUAGAUAUAGACCAUCAUCGGCCCCAUUUACAACUGGCGGUUUUCUUCCAAGUAUAUAUAUAUUCGCUCGUUCUUUUUGUCAAGGACAGAAGUCCUACAUAUACGCUCGCACUACUGCUGUGAAUAGACUUGUUUGUUUUGGCCCUCACCUGGCACUCUUGCGCGCCUCCAUUCUUGAUGUGUAUUAUUAGACUAGAUUGAUUCGACUUCUUCUGCUGGUUCGGAGAGUAAAAUGAAUAUGAAUAUGAACAUGAAUUUGCAUUUUCUGUGAUCUUUCUAAUUUACCUGUCCCUUCCACGCCUUACAUUGCCCCCCCCCCAAGAAUUUGGAAAUCGCCCUCUUCAACCAUGCAUGCUUUCAACCGGGUGGAAUUGAGUUUACCCGGAUCGAACCAUGGCACACUUUCAACGUCUCCGAUCUAAACAUGUUGUAACACUGUUGGAGUAGAUGGUGACUACUUGCCACAAUAUAGCCAAUUCCAUGGAUAAAC